AUGGUCAACCGCUCUGACGUCAACUACUUUGGCGCUGGCCCUGCACCCUUGCCCACCGAGGUCCUCGAGAAGGCCUCGCAGGUGCUCCUGAACUACAAAGACAAGGGCAUCGGUCUUUGCGAGAUUUCUCAUCGUUCGCCAGAAGCCAACGAGAUUCUUGCAGACACCAAGAAGGCACUUGCUGACCUGCUCGAAAUCCCUGACGACUACGAGAUCCUCUUCCUCCAGAGCGGCGGUAGCGGCGAGUUCAGUGCGACCGUAUACAACCUUGUCUCGAUAUGGGUAGAGAAGAAGCGCGCAAAGAUUGCGGAAGAGGUGGGCGACAACAAGGAUGAGCUGAUGAAGAGGCUGCGCAAGGUCGUCGAUGAGGAGCUGAAGCUCGACUACCUCGUCACCGGCUCUUGGUCGCUCAAGGCAUCGCAAGAGGCAGCGCGUCUUGUAGGAGCGAAGCACGUCAACGUAGCCACCGACUCGCGCAAGGUCAAUGACGGCAAAUUUGGAAAAAUCGCCUCUGAAGACCAGUGGAGCCUCACACCACGUUCCAAGGGUGGGCCUGCCUUUGUAUACUUCUGCGACAACGAGACAGUAGACGGAGUCGAGUUCCCGUCUUUUCCUCAGAGCCUCGAGGGCGACGACGCGCCAUUGGUCUGUGCCGACAUGUCGUCAAACUUCAUCUCCCGGAAGGUCGACGUGCGCAAGUAUGCCAUCAUCUUCGGUGGCGCCCAAAAGAACAUUGGCAACACCGGCAUCGCGAUUGUCAUCAUGCGGAAGUCGCUUCUUCCGCCACACUCCACUCCAGCUUCGCCCGACCUCAUGAGAGAGCUCAACUUGUCUGUUGGCCCCAUUGUGCUAGACUAUCCCACCAUCGCGAAGAACAACUCACUCUACAACACACUGCCCAUCUUCGACGUCUGGGUGGCUGGCCAGGUCAUGUCUGGGCUAGUCAACUCCUACGGCACUAAGCGUAUCGGUGGUCAGGAGGAAGUCUCCAACGAAAAGGCCCGGCUCAUAUACGAGACACUUGAAAAGUACUCUAAUGUCUAUCAGGUCGUGCCCGACAAGACUGUACGUAGCAGGAUGAAUAUUUGCUUCCGUGUCUCUGGUGGAGAUGCGGACAAGGAGAAGGCUUUCCUUGCGGGUGCAGAGAAGAAGGGCCUGCUAGGCUUGAAAGGACACCGCAGCGUGGGUGGCAUUCGUGCCAGUAAUUACAAUGCUGUCUCGCUAGAUGGUACUAAGCUGCUUGUUGCGUACCUUGAAGAAUAUGCGAAGUCUGCCUGA